AUGGCAUACAAAUAUUAAAAGCUUAAUACUCCUUUUUCACUUCAUUAGUAAGGAAAUACGGUUUUUGAAAAUAGUGGAUUGUCUUCAUUUAAUGAUAAAACUGCAGAGUUUUUAUAAAAAGCGAUGGCUUUUACUACAGGAACUAAAAAACCAAAAAAUUAAGAAAUAUAUUCUGCAAAUAGCUUCUUUAUGAAAUCUAGCGCAUUGAGAGAAAAGAUUAGAAUUACUAACGAUAGAUUAGUAGAAUUAAAUAAUUUGUAAAAAAGUUCUGGUUUAUUUAAUAAUGAAGAAAGCAAGAUUAAUGAUUUAAUGAUGUUAAUUGGAGAAAAUAUUAAAUAAGUUGAAGCUGGCAUAAAUGAAUUAGAGCGUAGUAGUGCUGAUGAAUGCAUUAGAUAGUCAAGUGCAGGUCAUUCUAUGUAUAAAUCUAUCAUAGAAACAAUUAAAUUUACUCUUUUAAAGAUUAUGGAUGAAUAUAAAAAAACAACUACAAAAAGAAUGGAGGAUAUAGCACAUAAUUAAUAAAAACCUUUAUUUGGAGCUGCUAUUCCUGGUGUUGAAAGGAGAGGACCCAGAAUUCAAAAAGCUUAAUUCCUUGUACAAAAUAAUAAUGAUGAUAUUGAAGGAGGUAGUUCUGGUGGACUAGGAUAUAAAUAAGUUGAUUACAAAGAAAAAGAAUAGCUAUAAGUUUCAGAGGCUAUGAAAAAAUUAAAUACUCAAUUAUAAAGUGUGUAUGAAAUGUUUAAAAAAAUUGGAUCUAUGGUACAAUUUCAUGAAUCUAUGAUAGAAAGCAUUGCUGAAAAUACAGAUCAAGCAGAGGCAAAUGUAAAUAGAAGUAAAAAAAAUAUAGCUGAUGCAUAUAGAGAUGCAAGCUCUUCAAGAGGCCUAAUUAUAAAAAUAUUUUUGAUUAUGAUCAUAUUUGCUUUUAUUUAUAUUGUAUUUUUACUUUGA